GUCGGAUUGUGUGGAUCGAUUAAACACGUACCGUGUGAUAGUUUAAUUAAUUAAUUAUACUUGAUCGGGCUGAGCUGAGACGCACGCACGGGAAAUAAGGUAGAGAUCAUCGAUCGGUCGGAGAUAGAAGCUGGGCGGCGAUCGAUGGGAGCAUAUGAUGGGAAAGCGGAGUGCGGAAAGAGAUCAGAUGGGGAAGAAGAAGGCGUUGUGCUGCCAGGCUUCCGCUUUCAUCCCACCGACGAAGAGCUGGUCGGCUUCUACCUCACAAGAAAGGUGGCCAACCGCAACAUCAGUAUCGAAAUCAUCAAGCAGCUUGACAUCUACAAAUAUGACCCCUGGGAUCUUCCAAGAAGUAGCGCAGCAGUGGCGGGAGACAGUGUGAAGGAAUGGUACUUCUUCUGCAUAAGAGGAAGGAAAUACAAGAACAGCGUGAGGCCAAAUAGGGUAACAGGUUCCGGGUUCUGGAAGGCAACUGGCAUCGACAAGCCCGUUUUCUCCUCCGGCGGGGGCGCCGCAGCGGCAAGUGACUGCAUCAUCGGACUCAAGAAAUCACUGGUUUUCUACAGGGGAAACGCAGGAAAAGGAACCAAAACUGAUUGGAUGAUGCAUGAGUUUCGCAUGGCUCCACCGCCUGACCCCAAAGAAGCGGCUGCUACUCAAGAUCAAGCGGAGAUAUGGACACUGUGUAGAAUUUUCAAAAGGAACACACCAAACCACAAGAGAUGCAGCGGCGGCGGCAACAUGAAUGAAGAAGCAAAGGAGGCACGGAAGCAGCGGCAGAACGGCGGCGGGUUGGAAUUGGUGAUGGGAGGAGGGGCGCCGGAAUUGCAAGAGGACAAAAGAAGCCGCCAACAGCUAAUGAGCCUAUUCAGUGGGGCGGAGGACGGCGGCGGCUCGUCGUCGCGCUACACUACUACUACUACUACUUCCCUCACAAGUCUCUUGACGUCAUCCCCGACCAGCUGCGGCUACGAUGAUCGGAGCGAGUACUUGUUCCCGGUCGAUGCCAAAUGGGAUGAGCUCAAGUCCGUCGUUGGCCUCGCCACAACUGACCCUGAUCACCGUCAUGCCCCCGCCGCCGCCUGCUACACUACUCUUAACCACGCCCGCCCCUUUUUUUUCACUGCUUAAUUAGCUUGCUAGCUAGCACCCUAAUUUAUAUAUCCAUCAUUGCAAUUUAUAGCUCAUAUCAUGAUCGAUCGAUAAUUAAGACGGUUAGUACGUACUCCUACAUUAUUUUUGUAAACACAAAGACCAAGCCCCG